ACUGUCAAUAGCUUUAAAAUAUUGUUUUCCACAACUAACAAAUAAUUGGAAAAUUUGUUAUUUCUCUAAUUUUAUCAUGUCUGGAAUUCUUUUGAGAAAUAGUUUAAAGAAAUUAUAUUUUAAAUCGUGUUAUCAACUUACCAAAAACCUCAAUAUCCUGACGCAAAAUGAUGAUUCUACGGUUCUAAAAUCUAAAAUAUUUUUACAAAAACAACUAAUUUCAAUUAAUCGUUACAUUUUACGUUGUGGCUCAUCUAAGUCUAUUACAAUUAAGCCAUAUGAAACCAGUCGCAAAUAUAUGUGGAACUGGAAACUAGAACGUUUAAUGGGCUGGUCUCUUGCAAUUAUGAUACCAUUGGCUUUUGCUGUAGACUCUAAAGAAUUAGAAAUGGCAGUGUGCAUGGCGGGGUUAAUGCAUACCUAUUGGGGCUGCCAAUCCAUGUGUAGUGAUUAUCUACGCUCCUCCAUUGUGGGCAAAGGCUUGCCUAUUAUAGUACGUCUUUCUGUAGUUUUGCUAACCCUUGCCUCCUUGGCUGGUAUUUAUCAACUAAUUUAUGAAGAUGUUGGUCUUAUUAACAUGAUUAAAAAAUUCUGGUCUAUAAGAGGUCAAGAUUAUGUGCCACCCAAACACUUACAGAAACUUGAACUGGAACAGAAACAAAAUAUAUUUCGCUUGUUUUCCAGAAAAUAGUCUAAAAAUACUUUUUAUUAUUUGGUUUGAA